AUAUCCGUCAGGCUUCACUCCCACCUUCUCGCCAGUGGAAUUUCAUCUCAGCUUCUGCACCUUCAGGGCAGACGAGAACAAAAAAAAUAAGCAAAAGCUGGCAGGCUGACGGGGACUUGCAUUUUACAGGACGGAUUAUCUGGUAACUGACCAUUUAGCUGUGGCACACUCGGACUCUGUGUUUAGUUUGGGAUUUCAACCAUGAGCUCAGUCGCUGUACUUACGCAGGAGAGUUUCAAGGAGCACCGCAGUGGGCUCCUGCAGGACAAGAAUGCUGCUGGAGGACCUGGGGCUGGAGAGGAUGAGGAGGAACUUCCUACCUACAAGGAUGCCUUCCCACCUCUACCAGAGAAAGCGGCUACACCUGAAGGAACCCAGGAACCUGUCAACGCUUGGACAAAGAUUCGCCCCCUCAAGUCUUCUGUUAUCACCCAGGUUUUCCAUGUACCGCUGGAGGAGCGCAAGUACAAGGACAUCACUCAGUUUGGGGAAGGAGACCAAGCGAAGGUCUGUGUGGACAUCAUGCAGAAGACCGGCGCCCACCUGGAACUCUCCUUGGCAAAAGAUCAGGGUCUCUCCAUCAUGGUUUCUGGAAAACUGGAAGCUGUGAUGAAGGCCCGGAAGGAAAUCGUGUCCCGACUGCAGACUCAAGCUUCAGCUACUGUCGCCAUCCCUAAGGAGCACCAUCGUUUUGUCAUCGGCAAAAAUGGGGAGAAACUUCAGGAGCUGGAGCUCAAAACCGCCACCAAAAUCCAGAUCCCACGACCUGACGAUCCCAGCAACCAGAUUAAGAUCUCUGGUACGAAGGAGGGCUUAGAAAAGGCCAAGCAUGAGAUCCUGUUGAUCUCUGCUGAGCAGGACAAGCGUGCUGUGGAGAGGGUGAACAUCGAUAAGGUGUACCACCCCUUUAUUACUGGCGCCUACAACAAGCUGGUAGGAGAGAUGAUGCAGGAAACCGGUGCUCGCAUUAAUGUCCCCCCUCCAAGCGUUAAUAAGACUGAGAUCGUCAUCACUGGGGAAAAGGAGCAGGUGGCCCUUGCUGUGGCUAUGAUCAAGAAGAUCCAUGAAGAGAAGAAGAAGAGUACCACCACCAUCGCAGUAGAAGUGAAGAAAUCCCAGCACAAGUAUGUGAUCGGCCCCAAGGGAAACACCCUGCAGGAGAUCCUGGAUAGAACUGGUGUUUCGGUUGAGAUCCCACCUUCUGACAACAGCUCAGAAACUGUCAUCCUUCGCGGGGAGCCGGACCGUCUGGGUCAGGCCCUCACUGAAGUUUACGCCAAGGCAAACAGUUACACUGUUUCCUCGGUCUCGGCUCCUUCUUGGCUUCAUCGUUUCAUUAUCGGCAAAAAGGGGCAGAAUUUGGCAAAGAUCACCCAACAAAUGCCCAAGGUUCACAUUGAAUUUACUGAAGGAGAAGAUAGGAUCACUUUGGAGGGUCCAACCAAAGACGUACAAAUGGCUCAGGGUCAGAUUGAAGUCAUUGUUACAGAUUUGGUAAGCCGAAUGGACUACACAGAAAUCACUGUGGACCCUAAAUUUCAUCGUCACCUGAUUGGGAAAGCAGGCGUUAACAUCAACCGCAUCAAAGAGCUGCACAAGGUGACCGUCCGUAUCCCCCCUGACAACGAGAAGAGCAACCUCAUUCGUAUAGAGGGGGACCCCCAAGGUGUGCAGGAAGCGAAGAGGGAGCUGCUAGAGCUCGCGUCACGCAUGGAGAACGAGCGUACAAAGGACUUGAUAAUCGAACAGCGUUUUCACAGAGCCAUCAUCGGCCAAAAAGGGGAGAAGAUAAAGGAAGUGCGGGAUAAAUUUCCAGAGGUCAUCAUCAACUUCCCCGACCCAGCACAGAAAAGUGACAUCGUUCAACUCAGAGGCCCGAGGACAGAGGUGGAAAAGUGUUCCAAGUUUAUGCAGAAGAUGGUUGCGGAAAUGGUAAAAUUUGUUGGAUUUUUUUUUUUUUUUUUUUUUUGUUUUUCAAUCCAGUAGCAAAGUGUUGAUGGUAUGUUGUGAC